AUGUCUUCACAACUGACAGAUAUGAACCAAAAUCAACCCACCUUUGGCUCUACUCGCUCGCGUAAACGUCUAGGAAUAAUGGUCUGGACAAGGAUACGGAAUAUUGGAGUGAAAAAAUCUCCGUCACGCAACUCUGGACCUGAAGUCUUGAACUCGAUGAGUACAGCAGCCGACGGCGAGUCCGUUCCUAAACACGGUCUUGCCCUCGAUGAGCCUGCCACCGGAGGAAGCAUCAUUGACAGGGUUGCGGUUCGGCUGAAAAUGGCAUUGUUGAAGUUGCGCACCCGUGUUCAGUCUCCUACAACGCAUGUGUCAACUUCAGAGGCGCUGUCCAUAGCCGCCGGGCUCCUCAAGGAGGUUGCGACGAUGACGCAGAACGCUCCGUAUAUCCAGACUCUUUCGAGUCUGAUCACUCACAUAGUCCAGGUGAACGACGAGAUCGACCUGUUGAAGUCGAAGAGAGGGCUAUUGAGGGGGAAUGUCCUCCUGCUGCGAGAGAUCAUAGAGGACGUGGAGGAGCGACUUGGCCCCGAUGUCGAUCUUCCCAUGGACACACAAAAGUCGUUUCGGAUGCUCGAGAGUGUGCUGAACGAGGUCGUUCUCGUUCUCGAGAAAUGCUUUUCCACCAAAAAGGGAAAGCUUUUGUUUGCGAGGAAAAAAAUGCUGAAGGAUAUCGAGCACUGUGACGCGGAACUCAAGGUGGCCUUGCAAUGCUUCAAUACCAAGCUGCAGAUCACUCAAUGCCUGGACAACAAGAGGAUAGAGACGAAGGUCGAUAAUGUAGUCGAGGCUGUCGAGAAGUGCAAAAAGGUACAGCGAUCACAUAUGUGA